AAUCUGUUUAAAUCCAGCUUAAACUGUGAAUUAAUAUAUUAUAAGAACUUUCACAUGUUAAACAUAAGGAUAGUGAGGAAAAAAUGAAAGGGAGAAUACUUGUUUACUCAAUUGUUGGUUGUCCUUUUUGCAUUCGUGCAAAAGGUUACUUAGAACAGCUUGGUUUGCCAUAUAUAGAUGUUAAUUUGGAUAAAAAUUCUGCUGCAAGACAAUUUGUUAUAGAAAGAACUGGUAAAAAAACUGUUCCACAAAUAUUUUUUAAUGAACUUCACAUUGGUGGUUGGGAUGAUUUAAAUAAAAUGCCAAAAGAGGAAUUAAAUCGUUGGAUCAAAUUAGUGGAGGAGAAUGUUCCUCCAGAGAAUGCUCCUAAACCACCAGCUGUUGUAGAAGAAGAAGAGAGUGCUGAUCCCUUUGAUUUUCAAUGUGAAUUGGAUGAAUAUGGAGAACUGGUUAAGGAGUUAAGAGACAGCGGAAUAGUUAAAGAACAUAAAAGAAAUUUAAAAACAUACAAAAAUUCUUUUAUUGGUAAAGAAGCUGUUGAUUGGUUGGUCAAAAAUAAAGACCUUGACCGUGAUGCUGCAAUUUCAAUGUGUCGACAAUUGGUUGAAAGACAUUUUGGCCACAGUGUAAAAAAGGAGUCAUAUUUUAAAGAUGACAAUUCAAUUUAUCGUUUUAUUGAGGAUGAUGAAGGAAAAGCAUUAAAUGCUGGUAUACACACACAGUGUGAACCAAGGCCAGGUAAAAGGAAAGGUUCUAUCAGAUACAUCCUGAUUAUCUCUAAAGUACUUUUGCACAUUUUUUGUGAUCUUAUCACUGGGUUUUGGCGCUUUCUGCAGAACCAACGCUUUUUUCUUUACAUCCCUAUAAAUAGUGAAAUUGCAGUUGAGUCAAAGCUUAAUUUGCCUCAUGCACAAGCAUCAGACCUUGGAGAGGAAUUACGUCAACUGAUUUUAUCAAUCUAUAAUUCUCAUCUUUCUCCGGAUGGAAAGAAAGUUGAUUACAAAACCAUUGGUGAAACUUCAAAAUUCAAGGCUUAUGUGCAACGUACAGGAGAAUUGCAUCGUGUCAAUGUAGAAGGUGCCACUAGAAAGGAAAAACUUGCUUUUUUCAUCAAUAUUUAUAAUGCAUUGGUUAUACAUGCUUUUGUGACAAUAGGACCACCUGUUAAUCUUUGGCAGCGAUAUAAGUUUUUCAACACAGUCUCAUAUGUGAUUGGUGGAUACAACUACUCGUUGAAUGAUAUUGAGAAUGGUAUACUACGUUCAAACCGCAAACCAAUUGGUUCUCUGAAAAAACCAUUUUCAAAAUCUGAUCCUCGAUUAAAGGUGUCAUUAGCUGAACCAGAGCCAAAAAUCCAUUUUGCUUUGGUCUGUGGUGCUAAAAGUUGCCCUCCAAUAAAAACAUAUUCAGCUGGGGAUGUUGAUAACCAGUUAAAACUUGCAGCAGAAUCUUUCUUGGAAGGUGAUGGAUGCAUCGUCGACAUGAAGAAAAAAGAAGUGUGUGUCAGUCAAAUUUUAAAAUGGUACAAAGAAGAUUUUGGUUCGAAUAAACAACAGAUUGUUCAAUUUGUACACGAUAACAUGGGGGCAUGCGAAAAGAAGACUCAACUUGCUGAACUUUUAAAGUCCAGCAACUUCAAGUUAAAUCACAUACCGUAUGAUUGGGGCAUCAACUCUAAAUGAGCAGUAUUAUCGGAAAAAAAAUAAAGAUUAUAUAUUCAGCCUUUAGUUGGCACAGUUGGGAAGCUGUCUCUUUUUCUUUCUAUUUACGUUUAUACAUAGAACUAACAUUUAGAUUUUCAAACGCGAACCAACCCACUUGACGAUGUAAAUGACAUCUUGAAAGAACCACGUACAAUUUUUUAUAUCAGGAACCUAUUUUUUAUUCGCAGAACAUUUGUGCUAUUAGCUCAAAGUAAAAAUUUAAAACGACAUACAAUAAAGAUAUAAGGAAUUUUUUUUAAAUAUCGGAAAUACGCGCGGUAAAAAAGCGAUUUUAUAUGUUUUCCCGGGUAUAUUUAAUAAUAGAAGUAUAUAAUUAUAAAAAAAAUCAAAUGUAUUUAUUUUUAGUUUUUGUUUGCACUGUAGUUUUUAAAUAAUUUAUAUUCGUGGGGGAUUUUUGUUCCUUUUGUGUAAUGGGGGUAAUCUCGCAGCUCUGGUCCCGGCUAGAUGCUGAAUUUUUUUAUAUAAUUUAGAUUAAUAAAUAAAAAGAAACAGUUUACAA